UUUUUUUUUCUGGCUAAAAGGAUGAAAACUGAGUAAGUACGUAGAACUUUGAACUCGAAACGGAAUGAAACAAAUACAAGGCAAACCCCGCGGAUGGUAACCAUGUCCUUUCAGACCCUGUAUUCCCUUUUUCUGUUAAAAGCCGGGAAGGCUUACAGGAAAGUGGCAGUUUAAAAUGGAAUGAAGGGAAGCAGUUAAGAAACAUGAAAGGCUGAAAGCAGGACAGCUUUAAAACCGGAGGAAAAAUGAGGAACUGUUAAGGCAAGCUGGCCCGCCUCCAGCCGUGCAACAGGCACUAUGGUAUAAACCUAUUGCGUUCUCCGGUGCUGUUUUUAGACUCCAGAUUUACUUUGGUGUUGUUUCUCUUUUCCUGUGAAGCUUUUACUGUGAGCUUAAGGAUGUUGUGAAAAAUAAGGCAUUACCGGAAGCAACAGUUUGACAGCCUGGGGUACGCUCAGGUUAUUAGUUACAACUAUUAUUAUUUUGAUGUCUUUUUUUAACCGAGGCCAACCACUUUUUACUGUCAUCCAUGGAAGGGCUCUUAUUAACCGCCGCAGACUUUUGGGACCGAUGAUUCUUUGGCAGGAUACUUCGGAAAGUUCUUAAGUGGGGAUGGAGCUAUCUUGAUUUGAUUUAAGUUGUGGAAAAAGAAGACAGAUUUGUGUUUUUCAUGCUGACAAAAAAUAGCUGCUAUGACUUUUCCGGCAACGUGGACAGGGGCCAAGUGAAGCUGAACUGGUCAUGGUCUGUCGUCCAGUGUUCCUUUGUCGUCGGCGAUUUUGCCCCCGGCCCUUCUUGGUGGGCUUGGUGGUGGCAAUCUGUCUCUUCUACCAGACCCUGACAUUCCGGGGGGCAAGGAAGCUCACAGCUGCUGUCCCUGAGGCUGCCCCAAACACACCCACCGAAACCCAGGCAAGCAGAUGCAAGGAAGGAUUCUCCCUGGACAAGCAGUGCUUACUUCUCUCCGAUAAGGCACAGGAAGUCAGAAAGAUCGAAGAGUCAAUUGAGAUCCACUUCGGCAGCCAUGGCAGAAAGGCCGUUCUCUACAGGCCUCCUUCCUCCAGCAAAAGGGAGCUUCAGCUCCACCAGCGCAUUCUCACUCGGCAUCACUAUGCGGUUGUCAUCACUGAAGAAAGGUUCAGUGCCGACCCUGGGCUGGGGCUACUAGAUAAAGGUGAUUUGGGCUCUUGGGAUCUGCUCGUUUGCCUGUCUUCUGGGAAAGCUGGUGGAAAACCUUGCAUAUCCAAGGAAGACAUGUGCCAGUUAGGUUUGCAUCAAAAGGUAAACAUAUUACCAGAAAUACAACAUCAGCUUUGCAGAAGGGAAGGAUUAUGUCAACUAAUUAGAAGAUUUCCAGAAUUGCAACUUCCGGUGAGCCCCUCAGUGUGUCUGGAUCAGAGCAUACAAUUAAAGCUGAGUAAUUCAAGUCACCUUUUAAAAACAGUGAAGUCAUAUAUGUGGAAACCAGGGGACUGGAGACGUGAACAGCUGAAUCAAACCACAGUCCUAGCUCCACAAGAAACACUCUUGAGAGCCAAAGAUUUAUCCGUAAUUCUUAAAGCGUAUGUGCUGGUGACAUCCUUAACUCCUCUGCGUGCAUUCAUUCAUUCGACUGGCACGGUUUGGAAUCCACCAAAGAAAAAACGCUUCACUGUCAAGCUGCAAACAUUUUUUGAGACGUUCCUGAGAACAAGUUCACCUCUUCAGGCUUUUGAUAACAUGAAGGAAGCAAUUAGCAAACUCCUGCUAGCAGCUGAAGUAUUCAGUGAAACAUCUACUCUGGGACCAAAGGCCUUCCAUAGAUGCAGAUUAUGUUUUCAGCUUUUAACUUUUGAUAUUGGUUAUGGCAGCGUCAGGUCCCCUGUAGUGCUCCAGGUGCAUGAGCAUUUAAAUUUUCAAGAUGAUGAUAAUAUGGAUUUUGAGGACCAAAACACAGAAGAAUUCCUUUUAAAAGACACUUUCAAUUUUCUCCUGUCUAAUGAAUCUUCACUUUCCAUAUUUUCUGAGAUAUUUCAGAGACUUUAUAGAUCAGGUAUAUUUAAGGGUGAAAACUAUCAAAAAGAACUAAAUCAAUGCCUAUCUUUAGAGGAGAUUAACUCAAUUAUGACUUUCAUAAAGGAACUCAGGAGUUUGGGACAAUUCCAACUGCUCUUCCCAUCUACUACUCCUGGGUUUCAAUCUUUGAUGCGUGAAUUUUAUGAUAUGGCAAAUCCUGUGGGGAAACCUGGUUCCAUCCUGACCCAAUACUGGUCUCUUUUAAAUGUAUUCGAACAAUUUCAGCUCCUGAAUAAAAAGGCACAGCCACACCCGCUGGAAUGGGAUUCUUUCGCAGAGGACGAGAACAUGGAAAAACCACAAGUACCAUUUAAUGCAGUUGAAAAUAAAAAAGAUAAAGAUGCACAAUGUCAUAUCAAGCAGAUCUUCACACAUCCGCAUUUGGAACUAAAUCCUGAAUUUAACUCAAAGAUCAAAGAUUAUUACUCUGAAGUCCCAUUUGAUGUGGUAACGCUGACAAUUGGAGCAGAGACUUCUAAGUGUCGGUGCAAGGUGUACCUGCAGGAACGGGCAGGACCAAGCUUUGCCAACUACCCUCUGGGCUUAGGGAUGAACAAAAUCUCAAUGCUUGUGGUGGAUGAAUCUCCAAUCCAAGGUGAGACCCUGAUCACAUACAAACUCACCAUCUAUAGAGAAGACCGUCCAAGUCUGCCUUUGUUUGAGGACUUCGCAGCGUGCGGUUUUGUGCAGGAUUGUGGUUUGCUGAUUCAACCAGAGGAAACCUGCGGGUUACAGCCCAUUUCUUCUGACUACAUUGAAGCCAUUUCACAGCCGGGACUAAAGACCUGUCCAUCUGGGGACACAAAAGGCCAGUGGAUCGUGCCUUGCCUUAGCUGUUCAGACAACAGGACCUGUGACUGGAGAGAAAUCACUUGGCAGCCUCACAACUGUCACUAUGGUGUCCUAACUAAGCCUCAGCUCCAGCAGUGCCUGGGAGGAAGGAAGAUUCUUUUCAUUGGAGAUUCGACCAACAGAGGGAUAAUGUACUAUCUGAUCGAAAGAUUGAAUGAAACCUUUCAAGAAUGGCAGAAGGUGCAUGGCACUAAAUUCUAUCACAACGUCAAUGGUGGGAAGACUUUGAUCAGUUAUUCCUACUAUCCACAGUUCUGGAUAAGCCCUUCGUUGAGACCAACAUUUGAAAAAGCCCUUGAACAUCUCUUGCAAAGAUCACAUCCCCUGGAGGAUACCAGCCAGACUGUAUUAGUCGUUGGUGGUGUUCAGUGGCUUAAUUCCAAUCACCUGCAGAUUAUUCACAAGGUUUUAAAGAGGGAAAAUUUACUCAAUAUCCUUGUGAUCAUCAAAACGUUGGGAAUUGGAUUUCAUCUGCCGGUGGAUGGAGUACAUUUCCUAACGCAGAGUGAAGUUCAGAAUUUAUGGAAAGAAAAUUUGAUUAUUCUGGAAGCUGCAAAAAAAUAUGGCUAUGAAGUGGUUGACACAUUCACUAUAACAAUGGGGCGAUACAAAGAGUUUUUGCAGGGGACGUGCGGAUGUCAUUUUCAUGAGGUAGUGAAAUCAAAAUUAUCCAAAGAAUAUCACUUUCUUGAAAUGAAACGAUCAAGAAAUCAUGUUGUGGGAAAAUAUUUCAGCAAUCAAAGCAAAGUACAACAACGACAACAAGACUCUGUAACAAAUGUUCAAUCACCGUAUCAUGUCAGAGGUCCAGUUAAUCAGGUUUGCUCUGAAAUCCUUCUCAGCAGGAUGUGUGCCAGUGAAAGAACUGUGCAGACUCUGCAGAAGGACUGAACUUGGAAUAGGAUUCAAGUCACUCACCCGGACGAUGGUUUAGCAGCCAAAUCCUGUGCAUGAUGUGUAUUUUGGUUCCACCACCCAUGCUGAGGCACACCGGCACACACAAACACACCAAUGCACACGUAGCUAGAAAAGUCCUAACACUUUCUUUUUCUACAGCUUUAUAAAGUUAGGAUGUGCACAUGGAAAUCAGCUGGUUUCAAGAUGAAAGACAGAACUAGAAAAUGGUGACCUGAAGUAUAAUCAUAAACUAGAUCCACUGUGGUGGCCUGGGUAUUGCAUUGUGAUAAUAAAGAGAAAUAUAGACAUUUGAAACAUGGGGGAAAAAGAUAAUGCUCUUGAGUAUUGCCUUAUCAUCUUUAUCGUUACCUUAGUAUUGGAAAGGGGAAAAAGGAAUUACAUUACACCUGCAAGUGGGGAUUACGCUUGUGCCCUUUACCAGGAGAAAACAUGGCUUUGAUGAGGCUUUAGGCUUUGUGAAUCCAAUGCUUAUGAAAACCGCUUCUUCCUAGAUUUUUAACAUCCUAUAACUGAAAGGAAAAGAAUAGUAAUGCUCCUCCAGGGAAUUCUAAGAGAUUCUAUGAAAGCGAUAGGAAGUGUAAUAUUUUACAGUUAAAACACCAAUAUAUUUCUUUACAUUCUUUGUAGUUUUCAUAAACAUUCCCUCCUAGCCUGUCUGUGAACUUGGUUGGGUAACUGCAGUCUAAGUUGAUUAAAUAUGUAAUUUUAAAGUGAGAAAAUAUAGUUCUUCAUGGGUUACUUUAUUAUGUUUCAUUGAUGAUAUUACUUAAGAAAGCCUUUGUUUGCUGUUAGAACUCUAUAUAAUUUAAGAUUGCAAUUAUAUUUUAUGUAAAUAUUUUGCAAAGGGUUAAGCAUUCUCAAGUGCAUAGGCAUUUAUUUCCAGAAAGCAUGUGUAUAUGUCCACAAAUACUACUCUGUUACUAGUAACUGUAUUUUGAUUUUCCUGAGCAACUGUAUCUAAUCCAGAUUUAGAAAAGACAUAGAAUUAUUUUUUUAUAAAACUGUGGCAUACAUGUAAAACAUAUCUAAUCCUAGUACUGAGAACUUUCUCUUCUAUACUUCAAGUUUAAGAUAGUAAAAUUUUUUAUUGUACAAGCGCUUUGUUGUGAGAUAACGUCUCACAGUUACAAUGGCUCUUAAAGGAUUAUUUUCCUUUUGGGGAAAAAAGGCUGAGAGGGUUAAUUCAGUAUUUAGCUGAAAUUACCAAAUGUACGAAUACCUCAAUUUCAUUACUAUACAAAAACAUAAAACUAUUUUGAUUGAUCAGUUCCUUAGUAUGAAUAUCCACCUCCUUUAAAUACUCUAUUUUUAUAUAUAUUUUUAUAUGAAAGUAAAUAUGAAUAUAUAUUAACGGUCUUAAAUUAUAUCUAGGCACAAAAAUCACUUGAUAUAAACAAUACAUACCUGCAUAUGACGAUGAUAAAUUUUUUAAAAGAAUGGUACAGAAUUAACUUUUAAAAUGAAAGGUUCUCUAGUAUCUACAGCUAUAUGCAAGCAUCAUUUUUAGGUUUUCAAUGGUUUUUUAAUGAUAUAAAAGGUUGCCAAUUCAUGUAGCAUCUCCAUCCUGUUUUAAUAUACAGUAUUACAUAUUCUGUAACAGAUUUAUAGUCAGUGGAUGUUUCUUAUAAUUUACUGUCAACCUAACUGUAAUACACUUCUGACUGAGGUUAGCUUUGCAUUUACCUCUUCACCAUUGCAAUAAUAAUGGAUUUUAGAAACAAUUUAAUAAUACAAUUAAUAAAUGUCUUACUAGUAAUAGUCUGUGUUUAGAGAGUAUAUUUUUUUCCUUUUUACUGGAGGUAUACACCAUAUAGUCAGUGAUCCCUUGGCAGAGAUAUCAUCCCAUGGAUUCAACUACUAAAGUGUGGUUCAAUAAGAUAAGAUAUACUUCCUUCCAACCCUGAUAUUCUCUAAGUUUUGAUCAAAUGAACUCCCUGCUGUACAAUGACCAAAGCUUUUGAACACAGUGCAGUGAUGAGUUUUGUUUAUAAGGCACUGAAAUGCUACUAAUCAUUUUAGUUACUCCUUAAUUGAAUAAACUGCAUUUUAUUUACCUUGGGGAAAUAAGUGUGUAUGUGUUUGUGCACGUGUAUGUGUGUGUGCUUAACAAGUUCAUAAUUUGAAUGAGAAAAAAUAGAGUACGCAUUUUCACAUAUCUUUCGAUGUAAAGGUUAAAGGAAGUGAAUUAUUUUUGGUAAAAAUUGAUUAGUAUCCAAUCUA